AGAAGAGGUAUUUUGAGUAUGGUCAGCAGCAUAUUUGAUCCCUUAGGUUUUGCCAGUCCAUGUAUCUUGCAGGCAAAGAAGAUCCUACAAGAGUUAACCAGACAGAAAUUACAGUGGGAUGAACCAAUACCAGACCAGGAGAGAGAGAAGUGGUUGGAAUGGCACAGUAACCUAAAAAAGCUCGAAGAAAUGAAGAUCAAUAGAUGUGUGAAAUUCUCAGUUGACACAGACAUAGUUGAUCAUUCUUUACAUUUCUUUUCUGAUGCAUCAGAAACAGCAUAUGGAACAGUAGCAUAUCUUCGCACCGUCUGCAAAGAUAGAGUACAUUGUUGUUUAUUGAUGGCCAAAUCAAGACUAGCACCAAUCAAGAAAGUGACAAUACCAAGACUAGAGUUAAUGGCAGCGACAUUAUCAGUGAAAUUAAACCACGUGAUACUCAAGCACAUUGACUUCAGAGUUUCAGAGUCUGUUUUUUGGACAGAUAGUGCAACAGUACUGAGAUACAUAACCAAUGAAGGCAAUCGGUACAAGACCUUCGUCGCCAAUCGAGUGGCAGUAAUCAGAGAAGGUUCACAGCCGAACCAGUGGCACUAUGUGGAUUCCAAAAGCAACCCAGCGGAUGACGUUUCAAGGGGACAAACAGCAGACCAACUUCUCCAUAACAAGAGAUGGAAAGAAGGACCAAGUUUCCUACGGAAAAAUGAAGAGCAGUGGCCAAGUUUACCAGGUGACACAUUACAUGCAGACAACGACAUGGCUCUGGAAGUGAAAGUUACCUCACAUGUGACUCAGGCUCAGAGAUCAGAAGACACGGCUGUUGACAAGAUAUUUCAUAGGCAGUCUUCGUGGUAUAGACUAAAAAGAGAUGUAGCUUGGUGGUUACGUUUCAAAAACUGGCUAAAAGCUAAAGUACAGGUCAAUGCAAGUUGUGACAGUGGAUCACUUACUGUUGAUGAGUUACAAAGAGCCAGUAUUGAAAUCAUCAAAUAUGUACAGAGACAAGCAUUCAGCGAAGAAAUAGCAGCACUCAAGAAAUCAGACCCUACCAAUGCCAAAUUGAGACAUAAAAAUCUGCAUCGUCUCGACCCUCAGCUGUCAGAAGACGGUGUACUUGUAGUAGGAGGAAGAUUGAAUCAAGCUCCAAUACCACAUGACGCCAGACAUCAAAUGAUAUUACCAAGACAUCACAUAGCUGAUUUGCUGAUCCGACAGUUCCACAUUGAUUCAGGUCACUCAGGUAGAGAAUAUGUUUUAUCAAUGACAAGGGAACAAUUUUGGAUACUAGGAGCAAGAACAGCUAUACGCAGAGUAAUUAAUGAUUGCUUCACAUGUAGAAAAAGACAAUCUCCCUGUAGCACACAGAAGAUGGCCGAUUUGCCUGCCAGCAGAGUCACACCUGGAAACCCGCCAUUCACAUAUACAGGAGUCGAUUAUUUUGGACCAUUUCACGUUAAACAAGGCAGAAAACUUAUGAAGCGAUAUGGGUGCAUUUUCACUUGUUUAACCAUCAGGGCUAUUCACAUUGAGAUAGCACAUUCACUGGACACCAGUUCAUUCAUAAAUGCAUUACAGAGGUUCAUCAGUCGACGGGGCAUGCCCAAGGAGAUCAGUUCAGACAAUGGCACAAACUUCACAGGUGCAGAUAGGGAGCUGAAAGAAGCAGUACAGGGAUGGAACCAAACAAAACUAGGUGAAUUUUUCAGACAGAGAGAGAUUAAGUGGAACUUUAACCCACCAGCCGCCUCACACAUGGGUGGAUCAUGGGAAAGACAGAUCAGGACAAUUCGUAAGGUAUUAAGUGGAGUCAUGAGAGAGCAGACCUUAGAUGACGAAGGACUCUCUACACUUAUGUGCACAGUGGAAAGCAUAGUGAACAGUCGACCACUAACAUAUGUCUCAGAUGAUCCCAGAGAUCCAGAACCGCUAUCACCCAAUCAUUUGCUCCUUUUACGUUCAGGACCAACACUUCCACCUGGUAGAUUUCAGAAGGAAGAUAUGUACAGUCGUAAAAGAUGGCGUCACAUACAGUACCUUGCUGAUUUGUUUUGGAAACGUUGGGUGAGAGAAUAUUUGCCAUUAUUACAAAGCAGACAAAAGUGGAUGACUGUAAGACGUGAUAUACAGAUUGGUGAUGUUGUUUUAAUUGCAGACAAUAACACUCCAAGGAACAUGUGGCAAAUUGCAACAGUCAUUAAAACUUUUCCAGGGAGAGAUGGACAUGUAAGAUCUGCAGAAGUACAAACUGUCAACACAACUUUGAUUAGGCCCAUAACCAAGUUGUGCUUAUUGGAAGAGGUCACAGAAUGCAGAACUGUGUGAUUUAUAGACUUUAGAGACUGUUUCAUUACUUUUGUUUUAUUAUGGACUGUUCAGAGACUAUGAUAACAUAUGUUAAUUGAAUUUCAGUUAUUAUUCAUUUUAUGUUAAAGUCAGAGACUGUUAUAACAAUGGAUUUCAUUCAUGGAAAAGGAUAUUCAUGGAGGACAUUUAAGAAAUGGAAAGAGAUCAAUGAGGACAAUAAUUCAUGGAGGUUACCAUGAAGGACAUUUGAUUAAGUGACAAUAAUUAAACAGUGGACUGUAUUUAAGAUUGACAUUUAAGGAGUAUGGUUAACUUUAGAUGUACCAUAUAACUGAUAUGUUUAUAUUAUAAAAUGUACUUCAUACAUAGAAUUAAGUUCUGUCCUUUAGAAGUAUAUUAGGUAAAUGUUCAAUUUAUAAUCUCACAUUUAAGGGGCCGGUGUAAAGGACAUAACCUGUCACCCCUACCAUAUAGUAUAGUCCACACACCCCUAUUAAUAAUAGGCACUGCCACUUACCACUUAGCAUGAGUAGUUGAUUAGACAGACAGCUUAGGUGCAAGCAGUUGAGUUUAUGCAGACAUCCAAGAAGAUAGAAAUUUGUCAUACAAAAAGAGGACAAAAAAAUUAUUUGAACCAUACACACAUGAGUAUCUUCACACAAGUUUGUGUAAAGAGACAAUAAACUAACCGUAUGAGUACAAAUACAGUCUUCUCUUUUGUAUUGAAGUGUCACCCGU